AUGAGAGAAUUAUCAGCCACCGUUAUUGCUAAUAGAACACAUGAUCUUAUACUAGAUUAUAUUAAAGAAGCUACAAAAGGUUUAUCAAAAAUGAGCAUCAAUAGAAUUCGUCGUGCUGUUAUUGAGAAGGACGAAUGGGAUGCUCUAAAAGCAUUUGAAGUUGUUGCAUCAGAGCAACAAAAAAUCUAUGCUAAAACCUUCUGUAAAUCAGCAUUAAAAGCAUAUAAAAAGAAAAAGAAAAAUAUUGAUUUAGUUGCUGCACAUAUAUUAUAUGAUAUAAUACCGAAAAUCUUACCACAAUAUGAUGCUUUUAAUCUUCCAAUGGAUGAAAAUUCACUUCCAAGUGAACAAAUCCAGGAGAAUAGAGAAAGCAUACAUAAAUUAUCAAGAGAUUUACGUCUUCAAGUAACACAACUCUAUCUGAAGAUUGUCCAAGAAGAAUUCGAAUUUCAAAAAGAAAGAUUAGAGAAACUUCUUGAAGAUUUUCCGCCAGAUAGUAAUAAAGUAUCAUUAACACAAACUGUUAAUGAUGAGGAGAAUAUUCAUCAUCAUAAUAAUAAAGAUGAUGAAGAAGAAGAAGAGGAAAUAUUUACUCAAAAAUCACUAACACAAGAAGAGGAAAUAUUUACUCAAAAACCACAAACACAAAAACAGAAAAAAUUAAUCCAUCAAAAUGGUUCACAAUUAUAUAGUAAAUUUAUAGAAAUUGCAUUGAAAAGAAGUCUACUAGAAACUGAAAGAGAAGUGCAUUUUUUAGCCGAACGCAGCGUCAAAGAGACGCCCUUCGUAAUACGAGAAGCACGAGAUUUGAAUCCAGUAUUACGAAAGGAUUUCGUGCUCCAAGCAUAA